CGUGUGCUGUUGCUAAGAGAGCUUCGGCUUGUGUUUCCCUGCGACUGAGAGGAAAAGGCGGUUUUUGUGUCCUCCACAGUGGAACUCAUAACAGCCUUUUUUUCUAGCAGGAUCUCCAGAGGGACUCACUCUCUCUCUCUCUCUCUUCCCUACAUCACCCCCCCCCCGGACUUCCACGAGUGCGUGAUGUCUCUGGGCUCCAUUUAAUUUUCAAAAUCUCAGUCCUUGUAAAUGCACGUCUCUUCCUCCAGCUUCCCCGAAGGCCCAUUUUUAUGGUGAAGAUCAAUACAGGUCAUGGUGAAACUGGCGGCCAAAUGCAUCGUGGCGGGUGAUUCAACUGUGGGGAAGACUGCUUUGGUCCAGAUGUUCUGCAAUGAUGGGGCUCAUUUUCAGAAAAACUAUACCUUGACAGUGGGAGUGGAACUAUUGGUGAAGACAGUACCUAUUCCAGGAACAAAUGAUAGUGUGGAAUUCUUCCUCUUUGAUUCAGCAGGCAAAGAACUCUUUUCUGAAAUACUAGAUAAAUUGUGGGAACAGCCCAAUACCCUGUGCAUUGUGUACGAUGUCACCAAUGAGCAAUCUUUCAAUAACUCUGCUAAGUGGCUAGAAAAGCUGAGAAUCCAAACAUCAGGCAUUCAUACUCCAGGUGUCCUGGUGGGCAAUAAGAUUGAUUUAAGUGAUAGGAGAGUUGUAGAGCGCAAACAAGCACAACAGUGGGCAGAAGCAAAUGGCCUGGAAUACUGUGAAAUAUCAGUAAAAGAGAUGGAAAAUUUUGAAGCUCCUUUUCACAUUGUGGCAAAUUCUUUCCACCGAUUGUACAAAGAGAAAGUAGAAAUUUUUCAUUCAUUGGUAUGAGGGGUCCUUAAGUACAAUAUGGUGAAUUUUAAAAUAAAACAUACUAACUAACAGGCAAAAUCAUAUGAAAAUGGAAAGUAGGUUUUUGUUGUAUGGUCAUUGAGAAUUAUAAUUCUUCAAUUAUUAUUUCAGAUCUCACCUGCUUAUUGUUUUUCCUGUGAUGGAUCUUUUUACAAGAAACAUUGUUUUUGAUUCUCAUUUUUGCAUGUAUUCAGAGUUUAAAUACUUUGAAAUAUUUGACAAAUCUAUCAAGGAGAAAUCUAUCAAAAAUUAAUAAACAUGCCAUUACUCUGGACAUUUCAACAACCCGGACAAUCUGUUUCUUACAAUUGAGUUAUAUCAAGAAAUUGUUAUUCAGAAAUCAAUAUAAAAGAUAUAUUUCAACUUUAGUUUUCUAAAGGUAGAAAAUCAUAAUCCUUAAGAAUCUUUUCUGCAACUUUUUUCCGCCAUCUCGAAAUAUCAUUUGCUGGAGUUCUAUUUGAAUGUUAGUAACUAAACCAUUGUUAUAGGCCUUUUUUGUUGCCUUUUGUAACUGCAGGGGUACCAAUUAUUUUAAUGGAGGAAAAAGGUUGAAAUGCCACUUUCCACAAUGUCAUUCUUAAUUCUAUAUUCUAAAAACAUUGCAGGUUAGUAGAUCAAUUUGCCAGGUUUUUUUCAUAUCUUACUAAUAUUGUUCAUAUCAUGAAACACUAACUGGUGGACUUUUUAACAUCACCAUAAUGGUAUACAAAGAAUCUGCUGGGAAUAAUAAAGAGUGAUUGUAUUUUGAACUGAAAA